GCGUUUUUUCCCGCGCUAGGUCGCCAUCUUGCGGAGCAGCUCGGUAGUGAAAAUGCAGCAGAAUCUAAAAUGGCGUCCGGAGAAACCAACAAGAGCCGCAGUCGGAGUGAAUUUAAUGAUAACGGCAGAACGGACCGCCGCCGACACAGGAAGCAGUCAUCAUGCUUUGAGGUUGUGACCUCGCCGGCUCUGUGACCACGAGGAGGAAGAGGAGAUGGCGGCUGAACUUUUCUCCACCAGCCUCCCUCACAGUAACGAGGUGGAGGUGAAGAAAAGUUUCAUCCAGCCGAGUGAACCGGAGCCAACGGCCAGUAACUACAAUGACGGCGACGACAACGGAGUGGGCGUUCAACCGAACAUCAACAACAACGAGAGAGAGGAGAGAGACGGCUGGCAGGAAGCACAGCCCACACUGAGAGAGAGAAAUGCUCUGAUGUUCAACAAUGAGCAGAUGGCUGAUGUUCACUUCAUCGUCGGCCCUCCAGGAGACACUCAGAGAAUUCCUGCUCAUAAGUACGUCCUGGCCGUGGGCAGCUCUGUCUUUGGGGCCAUGUUCUAUGGAGAUCUGGCUGAGGGACAAUCUGAGAUCCACAUCCCUGAUGUAGAGCCAGCUGCAUUCCUGAUUCUGUUAAAGUAAGUCGAGUCCUGAGACCAGUUC